AUGGAUCUUGCUAUCGAAGAGUGGACCUUGUGGACAUAUAAUCCUGUAAUCGAAGAAGAUAAUGAGUCUGAUGAUACCGAGGUGCUAUCUGGCCGUGGUACUGAUGAUGAUUAUGGUUUUGAGGAUUACAUGGGGUUUGAUGUUGAGUCGCACGAUGAUACCGAUGAUAUGGACCAAACAGAUGAAUACCAUUCUGAAGAUGAUUUUAUUGACGACAGUGAGUCUUGUGAAGGAUCUGAUUGUUCAAGUGAUAACUCGGAAGGUGAUAGUGGUGAUGAUGAAGAUGAAGAUGAUGACGAUGCUGAUUCGACUGAUGAUGAUGAAGAUGUUAUGUUGGAUGAUGAGACUGAGAGUGACGAUGAUAGUGAGGAUCACCAAAAUGUCGAACCGAAUGAUAUACUCAUCGAAAAGAAUAUUAGUAUAUCGGGACACCAGAAUUCGAGACCUUCCAAAGAUGGUUGUACUAUCUUUGUUAAGGUUUUACAGAUGGGUGCAUAUGCUAAUUUUGAAACGUUCUUCCCUGGAGCUCAUAUUAUCGGAUGA